GUUGAACUAUCUAAAAGUUUUCCUAGGCAUCAGGCUGUAGGUUGAAUCAAAUACAACCCCGAGUUUUGCCUCUGUAAACUAGUGCUUCCAUCGUGCAUCAGAUUAAGAUCUUCUGUUUACAGCGAAACGUUUCCAACUUCUACUGACUCCAUCUGUGUGUUGAUGUAAUAUUCUGAAGUUAUUGAAAGCCACUGAUAACGUCUGGCAGAACAGUAUCUCUACUAUUGCUGUAACAAUCUUUACGGAUAAACAUCGGAGAUAUGAUGUAAUUAGAUAUCCAGAAUGUCACACUUAAUUUGUUUUGUCUGAUCCUUUUGAUAAGAUGCCUCAGUAAAGGCAACACUGCCAGUCGCAGUUGUGGAUAAUAUCUCUUGCUUAAUUCAUUGUGAAACGAUUUGUGUUUCAGCUUCAGAUUGCAAGCCAUGCACUCAAGUUCGUAUCCCAGUCUCAGCGCCCAGCUCUUCCUCUUCCUUGUCCCCGGCCUCCAUUCCAGAAGACGUCUUCUUCAGCAGUUCUCCUGAGGAGAAGAGGAACUUCUUGGCUGAGAGUGACGAGUGCAGCAGUGAGGAGGACCUUUUAGACCUCUGCCCUUCCCUGAGAGAUUCAGAAUAUUUCAGAGACCUGCAACUCGGAUCAACCGAGCCACCAAACACACAACCUACAGCCUUGAACGCACCCAACAAGAGUCCUACUUCUUUGAUACCUCUUCUGUCGACACCAGAAAGCGAAUCCGACCAGGAUUUCACAGAGUCAGACACCCAGCAACUUUUGCAGAUAGACCACACUUUGAUUUCCAGCAUGGAUCGCUUGAUUGCUGUCAAAACCUCAGAGUCUCAGGAUUAUCCGCCGUCGGACCAAGAUGAGGACUCAGACAUGGAUACCUUUCCUAUAUUGGUUAGAUCAAUGUCCACAUCUCGUAGGCACAGCUGGGAAUGUCCAGUGUCUCCGAUUGACCUUGGAAGAAGGUUCAGCUUAGACACUGCCGGAAUUGACAGCGAUGGGGAAAGAGAAGUCCAGUGUCUGGCCAAAAGUUCCCUUUUACCAUCAUCCUCCUUCUCCGAAAGUUCAGUGGAAGAAGCAACCAGUGCUGUUGAAAGUGAAAGUCCUAAAACACAACGACAGCAGCCGUCCACACCAACAAAGACCAUUUAUUCCAGAUCUGAGAUUCUGGCGACUGAUGAAAAAUCGCAAGCUGAAAGAGUAUCCCGCAUACUGGAGACUUCCAAGCAGGCUGCCAGAGAGGCCGGAGAAAAGCAUGAGUCUGAAGAGGGGCUGCAGUCUGGAGAGGGACGGAGUCACGUGGCGAAACGCAGAAAUUCAAGCACUGACAGAAAAGAGGUGACUGGGAACUUCACAUGGUAUGAGUUUCUGGCCCAUGAAAAUGACGAGGAAGAGGAGGAUCGGCCAGAGCGUCCAGAAAGAGGCACCAAAGUCAAGCGGACUCUGAGUUCACUGAGGAACCGCAUGACCGGAUCCUUCAACAAAGACAAAGGUAAGAAUCGUGAGAAGGAGCAGCACAAAGAAAAGGGCAGAGAGAGAGAAAAGGAUAGAGAGAAAGAGUUGAGCGAGCGUGUGAAAGUGCGCCGGCGCAGCGUCAGCGGCCACCAGCUCGUGCCCGGAUCUUUCUCCAGCUGCGCCACAUGUACACUGUGCAGCAAAACCCUGCAGAGGAAGCAUGGCUUGCAGUGUUUGAGUGAGUCUCACACACACACAAACACAUAAACACCUGUGCACACGUGCAUCUGCCCUGCCACCAAUACUACACACGCCGUUUUUCUGCCACCACAGUGCAUGCCACUGUAAACACCAGGCUUUCUCGAUGUUAAGGGCCAUAUGCAUCUCUCACGGCCUUUUGUUUGAUUUCAAGCUCUGAUAAAGUGUCAUCUGCUUGACCAAGUGACUCGUUCUGUCAUGUGACGCGCUUGUGUUUUGGCUGUUUUGCAACGUGCUUUGUGCUGUGGGUCCGCGGACACAUGAACUAGUUUGAUCUUAUCAGGUUGCAUGGUGACUGUGGAUGUUUAAAAGAGGAUGCGCUGCGAUGUCAUUACAUUUUU